UAUAUAUAUAUACAUGUACAUAUACAUAUAACAAGCAUUUUCAUGUGGAGCCUGGCAAUCCAGAGAAACUGUACACACUUGUUGCUCUAUUUAUUUUCUCUUUCCACGCUUGAAAACUAACUACGUGUUGUGCCUGCGUGCCCACUGUUUUCUUCCCGCGCUGCAAUAUUUUUUCGCCCCGCACGCUGGUUUCUUGGCUUUUCAGGAAACAAUGUGACAGGCGCUCCAACCGGAGAUGGGUUGCUUCAGACUGCGGCUGUGACCACGGUGGUCGUGGUCCCACGAUCGCUUACAGUCAUGUUGAAGUGCAGAUUUCAUGGCAAAUGUGCGGGCCUCCAGAUCUGUAGUGUCUAGAACUCUGGACCUACACUUGACUACAUGUGAGGCCUCACAGAGCUCUUGAUAUUUCUAGAUCUCAAGACAUCUCUCUCAAUGAACAGAUUGUCGUAGAGCCCUCUCACUGAGCCGUUUCAGCUUCGUGAAAAUGGUGGGACCAACAACCAGGAUCUAAUGGCCUAAUUGUUACUGGGGAACGCCCUUCGUCAUUGUGAUGCCGUCGGCCAUGCUCAAUCCUACGAUGGGGGUGAGAUGCAUCUGACUUUUGGGUUUGCACCUUCAGCAACGGCCAUGUGGACAAACUUUGACAUAGAGGGCGGCGCAUCUUUUUCAUUCGUUUUCCUUUGCCGGAUUCUCCCACAGUGUAAGAUUGAUGAGUUUGUUCAACCUGGACGUGUUUGGAGUUUCUGCCACUCUGGCUAGGACGUCCUAGCGGUCCUAGCACCCUUUGCCCUAGCACCUUGUGCUCACUGGAGGUUCUGCUUCUCAGCAAUUCUGUUCUUUUAGUGCGCUGGGACGGGCGUUGCCCCAUUCGCCCGGCGCUCUUGGCUCUGAGAGAGGACCGAUUUGCGACGUUUUCUUUUCCAGUAAUGAGUUGGAGGUGGUGCUGAUUCAACUCCUAAAACUUUGCCAUGCAAUCUGCAAAGCUUUAGAGGCCUCUCGUGCGCAAAAGGCCAAUUUGCCUUCUUUCGACCAUAUACAGGACAAGGCAGCCGUUUGAAGUCUUGUUCGCCGUGUCAACCAAUUUCUGUGACGGUGGGAAGUUCCCGUUCACGCCGGACUUUGGGAUCUUUGGAACUCCCAACAUGGUUCCCACACAUGGCCAAUGAGUCGCUCACUACCAGAAAAGUCCAGAAAAAGCGGAACUCGGAACCCACUGGCUGGGAGCUCUUUGGUGUACAAGGUUAACGAACUUCCUGUUAACGUCCGAGACAUCUCAGCCUGCUUUGAUACAAGACGUAAGUCCGAGUGAAAAAGUGAUUUGACUCCUGUGGCUGGGCUCGGCCAGGUGUCUGUCACUGGCUCGUCCAUGAGACUGCGCGCCGUGGCAGGUGGCGCCAGAAGGAAGGUGCGACAGUGCGACCCUGAAGAAAGCUUAAACUUUAAACAACUAGAGGAGCCCAACAGACUCAUGUAUUUUGUGUUUUUCAGUCGAGCGGAACUCACGCUGACGAAGGGUUAUAUGUAUAUAUAUAGUCAUAAUGACCACAACCCUGCAGAGACGCAUUACAAGAUGCAGCAAUCUGACAGAGUGAAAAGAUGCGUUUGCUUGAGCUUAAGAGUUUGAAGCGAUGACAUGAAUUGCAGAGUGGAGGUGUGUGGAAGGACUAUGGUUUUGUCAGAAAGAGACAGAGAGUUUGAAGUUUGAAGUCAAGUGAGUCGACUCAAAUCCUUUCCAUCCGAUCCUUGAAGUUGCGACCAAUGCCGCAGCUCUUUGGGAGCUUCAAAACGCCGGAGCAUCGGUCAUCGCCCGCGCCGACGCUUGCUGCGGCUUGCCCAUGGCCGCCAAUCCGAUUCUGUGGUUCCAAAAACAAAGGGUCCAUGCUCCUAUCGUGCGACAACCAGUAGCAAAGCUUCUACCUACCGUCAAGCAGAUUGAAAGAAUGAGAAAGACAGAGAAGGAGGCACGAAACCAGUAUUUUCUGGCAGUUUACAUUGUGAUUCUAGCCGUAACCACACUGCUUGGGACGGCUGUCAUGGUCGUCGGACCGAAAUGUCGGCAGUGGUGGCGAUCCUGCUGGCGAUCGCAUAUGUAUGAACGACUUAGAGUGAGUUUUCGGGAAAGCCGCCGCGAGGUUUAUUCGAGGGUGAGCCCCGAGGACGAAGGAGACGACCAAGGUGACGAGGAGUGUCCUGAGAGUUGUGAACGCGCCGUGCAUGUGACAACGCAGCGGCUUUGGACCGCUGGGGCCUUUGCAUGCACCGCAAUCGCCUGCACAGCCACCUGCAUUUACUCUUUGCAGUCCGACCGGCUAGACAAGAAUAGCGGCCUGGACUGGGAGCUGUACGUGGGUCUCAUGCUUGGAGGAGCACUAUGUUUGCUUUCGCAAGCAGUGUUGGCGGUACUUCUGUUGCCCAAGGACCUCAGCUUCCCAGUGACCGCCUUUGCCGAAUCCGCAUUUGUGUACUUAAUGCCCUUUGUAUCGGAUGGUUUUGAUACUUUGAAGGACAUUAUUUUUUCAUGUCUUUGUGUGCAAUCAGACCACCUCCUCUUAAAGGGCAUUGGUGUGGCUAGCUGGAUUUACCUAAUGGUAAUCCAUGGGAUCUUGAUCAUGCAAGACAAUACCCUGGCCGAAUUGGCUGGGUGCUAUCUCCCUGCGUUGAUGGCGCUCCCUGCAGACCCCGCAUCAGAAGAUUCAAUUAGUUCAUGUUGUCCGGGCCUGUCUUGUCAGCACCUUUCUGACAUGUUCUGCCAACUUCUUUAUAAACAAGUAACCCCCACGAAGAGGGAGUUGCUUUUAUGGGAGAAUGUGCCCCAAGGGGUGGCCGCGAUCUUCUUCCUCUACUUCGAGGGCGGGUCCUUGUUUGUUGGGGUGAUCAACCUGGCCAUCCCAGUUGGGCAGGUUCUUGCUACCUUUGUUUUUUUUAGACCGCUGCGAAAUCUCGUUGCUCCACAGUUCGGAAAGAAGCUGUCCGGCUUCUUGUCCAAGCCAGACUUUUUAAGGGCACAGCUCCUGUGGGAAGAGGCUGGCAUGGUGGGUGGGGGCUAGCAUUGGUCGGGAGUUGGCGGUCGUGGGAGCCCCCAACAAUUUUCGAUCGCAAUUGUAGGAAUCUUCUACAUUCUUUUGAACACCGAUCUUCAGCAAGGCUUUGCGCUUCGAAUGAACUUGGAUGUGCGUUCUUGGACGUAGGUUUGUCUUAUAUAGAUCCUUUUUUUUGAACCCACUUGAUUCGUACACACUUUGACCUCUUCCUGACGUUUGUCUCUUUGCUUCUGCAGUGAAAAGUAAUGUCUCGGCAGAAGAUGAGGUGACAUCGGACACCUUUCAAGGUCAGAAGUGCAAAAUGCAGUCCAGCAACAUUACAUGUUAUGUUUGCAGCUGGGACAAAACCACUGAAGAGUAAGAGAGAGGGCAAACAUUCCCCAACCCCUGGUCGACUUUUUCAUUUGUGGCUCCAACUGGCCCAACUAGCUGUUAUUAUUGUUUCUACUACUACUACUACUACCACCACUACUACCACUACUACCACUACUACCACUACUACCACUACUACCGC